UCAAAAGAAAAAGUAACUCUACCCUAUAUAAAUGCAAUAUCAAAUGCCGGAACGUAGAUCCGCGUACGGAAACUAUUAAAAUAAAACCCGGCACACGAGAGGUUAACAUUGAAAGCUGAGGACUUCCUGUCGAAAAAGCGUGGAUUGUAACCAAUAAAAAUGGCUGACUCUCUGUCUCUGGCAAACCUGAUGCAGAAACUAUGUACUACUCAAUAUUCCAUCGGCUCACAACAUUGGGUGAACGUCACACAUAUAACAAAUCCUGGCGAUUUCUAUGUCCGUCCAACAGCUUUCAGAGAUUAUUUGCCUAUUUUAAAAAAACAUCAAGGACCCGCUGACCCAACAAAACUUCAACUAGGUAGCACUGUUGUGUUUAAAUCGAAAAUAAAUAAACAUCAUGUUAGAGGAGAAAUCAGUAACAUAAGAAAUGAGAAUGAAACAACUUUAUAUGACUUAUUCGCUCUAGAUUAUGGGUUUACCGAGCAGGCUGUUGCUAUAACAAAAUUGAGGAAGCCAUUAAUUGAAUGCCCAGUGCCAUCUCUCGUCUUACAUUGUCAACUAGAACUUUGUGUACCAAAGAAAAAUGAUUCUUUUGAUAAAGAAGCGAUAGAAGCUAUGGUCUUCUAUGUAGGUGACGAAAGAGCUAAAAUGAUAGUCAAAGGAAAAACUGGAAACAAAUACGUAGUUCAACUGAUCAAUACAAGCCCUGAGGACAUUUCAACUAUGUUGGCGUUAACGCAUUACACAUGUUUGACUACCGGGAACAAUGUUAUAAGCCGAAUGCCCACCGUAGACCCCCCAAAACUGUUUUAUACAUACAAAAAACUUAAAGUAGGAGAUACUUUAAGUGUUAGAGUUCAAUCAGGAGACUCUUUAAAAAGUUUUUAUGUUUGUGAAAUUGAAGAUCACAAACAAUACAUUAAAGAGAUAAACAACAUGACGCAAUACUAUCAUGCAGAGCAGGAUUUUGCUGCUGAAAACUUGAAGCCUGGUAAAGCAGUAUUUGUGUUUUCUGACUGGUAUUUCAGGUAUGAGCGAGCGGUUAUAACAGAUGUUAUUAUUCCAGGGAAAAAAGCUGUUGCUCAGCUAGUCGACUUGGGUAUUAAGUCCGACAUCUACACGGAUGCAACAAGACUCAAAACAAUGUCUAGGGAAUAUUAUUUUUUGAAACCGGCAAUGGCCAUCUAUUGCACGGCCGAUGUGAAAGAACAUUGGGAUAAUGAAUCACGCAGAUUCCUGUGUCCAGGGCGUGAAUUUGUGAUUACAGUUAAAAAGGUUGGAUAUCAACUUGAUACGCCUAGUCUAGUAACUAUAUCUAAACCUUAGAAAUAAAACAUGACGGUUUUUUUUGCGUACACCUUACACUAGAACAAUUUCAAUAGCAUUUUUUUUUGGCAACUGAGAAUGACAAUAUGUGUGAGUUUUGAGGCAACUGUUUAGUUAUUAUGACGUGAUUUAAUUACUUUUUUUAUUUAUAAGUCUAAGCAUAAGUGCACAAUUAUCUUAUCUUAUCUUAUAGUUUCGGGGGCCCUUACGGAUACACUUCGACCCAUAGGGAUCUUUUGUGCAUUUACCCCCUAGGAAAGAUCCGUCCGCUACUUAAGUGUACAAUUAAGUCAUAGCCAUGUUACAAGAGGUAAUUAUUUAUUUUAUUUAUAAGUACGCAUAAGUGUACAAUUAAGUCAUAGCCAUGUUACCUCUUCUACAACCAAACUCUGAUCAAACUGGUUGGUAGUUAUUAUGGCGUGAUUUAAUUACUUUUUCUAUUUAUAAGUCUACGCAUAAGUGUACAAUUAACACAUUUAUUGUAAGGUGUUGAUUUAAGAGGCCGGUGUCGAUUUUAGUCGCAAAAAUGUAAAAUUGAUAGAUUUAGUCGGUGAAAUUGUACACCUUUUGUUACCUAAUUGAAUUAACAAGUACUAGUUUCUAUUAGCACGUCUUCUUAUCUUACCUUUUAUCAGAUCAAUUUUUUGAAAACAGACACUAAAUUAGUAAUGUUUGCUUUUCUGAUGGACGUUUAGGUAAACGCGCGUACAGCACUGAUUUUGUCGCUCUUAUUUGUAAAUUUCGUAAGGUUUGGACGGCUAAACAUGGUAAUUUUGUAUUACACAUAUCCUGUACUUGACGUUUAUCAGACUACAUUUUUAUUAUUAUGACUUUGAAGUAGUGUAAAUUAAAGUUAGAAGAAAUCCAUUUUUUCUCCAGAAAUUACUUCAAAACAAGUGACAAUUUCUCUGAAAAUCGACUUAAUUUCAACGUAAUUUUGAUACUUAAACAAUCUACAACAUUUGCUAAAACUAUUCUUAUACAUCAAUUUGUAUAAUUUACCACCAUAAAUUUUUGAUGAAUUUUUAAAAACUGCCCCUUCUAUUCAUAUAUUCCGGUGACGCACGCUCGCGACCUCAUUAUUAAAAGGCAAGAUGAGAAGACGUGCUAAUAGAAACCAAUACUUGUUAUUUAGAUAUUACGUAACAAAACGUGUAUAAUUUCAACGACUAAAUCUAUCAAUUUAAAAUUUUUGCUCUAAAAUCGACUACGGCCUCUUAAGUCAUAGCCAUGUUACCUCUUCUACAAUCAAACUCUUUGAUUAUAAGUAUAACGACUGAUUCUAAUACGACAAUCUUGAUUUCAAUCUCAUUUAUAAUUGAAAAUGUACCUAGGUGCAUAUAAAUAUAGAUCUUUCCUCUCCUGUGGUGUUUUAGCCGCACCACACAAGUUCUCAUCCAUCACUGCUAAUAGAGCAAUAUCUGUUGAUAAUCAACUGUUUUUAUUAGAUUGUUACUAAGAAAAUAAACCUCA